AUCCUUGACUCCAAGAUCACACUGAAGCCGCCCGCACCAGUGCCUUCGGAGGUGCCGAAAGGGCUCCAUGAGCAGGCGCAGAAGGAAGCUGAUACGCCAGAGCCGCCGCCGCCGGCCGUCGAACACCCGGAGGCAACCACCGAAGACGUGCCGCCACCGAUCCCGGCCAAGGUGGGCGGCCGAGAGGGCAAUGGCGCCGCGCCCAGCCCGCUCAUGCGCAAACGCCAGGUGGAGAAGCCCAAGAUGACCAACGCCAUGGUGAACGAGGAGCUGCGCGCCAUCUGUGCGCCCGGCGACCCACGGGAACGCUUCGCCUUCGACAAGGAGCUGGGGGCCGGCGCGUCCGGCAUCGUCAACCUGGCGACGGAGCGGUCCAGCGGCCAGCGCGUGGCCAUCAAGGACAUCGACCUGACCAAGCAGCCGCGUCGCGACCUCAUCCUGACCGAGAUCCAGGUCAUGCGCGACGUGCAUCACCCCAACCUGGUCAACUUCCUAGACGCGCACCUGGUCGGCGAGCACCUCUAUGUUGUGAUGGAGCUGUUGGAGGGCGGACCUCUCACCGACGUCGUCAUGGAAACGGUCUUGAAAGAGUCGCAAAUUGCCGCCGUCGUCAAGGAAGUGUUGCAAGGCCUCCAGUUCUUGCAUUCCUUGGGCAUUGUGCACCGCGACAUCAAGUCGGACAACAUCCUGCUGGGUAAGGACGGGUCGGUGAAGAUCACGGACUUCGGCUUCUGCGCCAACAUUCAAGGCGACGAGAAGCGGCAGACCAUGGUCGGCACGCCGUACUGGAUGGCGCCCGAGGUGGUGACGCGGAAGAAGUACGGCAAGAAGGUGGACGUGUGGUCGCUGGGCAUCAUGGCCAUCGAGAUGAUCACGGGCGAGCCGCCCUACCUGAACGAGGCGCCGCUCAGGGCGCUCUACCUGAUCGCCACGCACGGCAAGCCGGAGAUCUCCGCCGAGUACACCGUGUCCGACCUCUUCAAGAGCUUCCUGGACGCCUGUCUGGAGGUGGAGGUGGACAACCGCGCCUCGGCCGAGGACCUGCUCGCUCACUCGUUCCUCACCAUCGCCGGUGACAUCUCAACGCUCAAGAAGAACAUCACCGCCGCGCAGAAGAUCAAGAAGAAGCAGAUCUAGCGGCCGUCGCGGCCCGCGCGGCCGACAGGCAGGCAGUGGCAGAGAUCUGCACGAGACGGGCCGGGCCGGCGCGCCGCCGCCGGCCUCCUGUACCCACCGUCAUGUUACCGCCUUUCAUUAGCCCCGUGGUUGUGUGUGCGUUCGCGCUCGCGCUCGUGUUCAGACAUUGCCGGGCGCGGCUGACGACGCUUUAAGACUGGUGACGCUCCGUGAGCGGCCGCAAAGGGCGUGAACACGUGAGCGUACCGACGCCGCGUCCGGUCAGAGCCGGGCGCACGCGACGCGGCGGCGCCAGGCGGCCGCGGGUCGGGGCAGGACGGCCCUGUCGACCCGCGCCGCCGACGACCCGGCGCGGCCCUACCGGACGUGUCGAUGGCCAUGUGGGAGAUAACAUCGCGUGUUAUCCACACUAGUCUUGCGGAUAUAUGUCCAUGGGACCACAACGAUUGAGGUAACAGUUUUGGAUGAUACUUUUGCGGCCCGACCGCCGCCCGCGUGAUAAUUGUACAUGAUCGCGUCUCGUGUUUUGUGUAGUGUUUAGUGGCGUCCGGCCGCGGGCCGCUAUAAAUGCUCAAUGGCAGUGUAGCGUCGCGCGACCGUCGGCCGGACGCCGCGAUUGGCGAGCCUGCAGACCAUGCUUCCGGCUGCGCACCGCUCUUCCUGCGGCGAUUCGAGGGAAUCGUACAACGUAAUAAGCUCAAAUGGCAUCCAGGCUGGGGCCGGCGGGCGUGGGACGGGUCGGCUUCCUGGCUGCCCGUUCGCUCCACUCGCGGGGGUGUGGCCGGCCAGCGGUGUCUGACUCCGUGCCCAACUCGCCUGUGCAGCCGCAUGCAGUCACCAGAGAGGCACCCCGUGGCGCGUCAUCACCCGCCGGCCGCCGCGGUUAUCGGCCCCGGCCGCUGCACCGCAGUCCGCGCCGGCCG